AUGAAGCCUCUCAGGCCGUUUCCCUUCCCGCUCAACAUUGGAACGGAUAUUUGCCGGAUAUCUCGCAUCUAUGGGAUCCUGAGGAGCCCUCGGGGCAUGCGGUUUGUGAACCGCAUCUUUUCUCCAGAAGAGCAGGCGAGGAAAGAUCCCAGGUUGCGAUGUCUUGAGAAUCGCCCACUCGAUAACACUUUUUUGCAUGAAGGAAGUAAACCCUUUGAGAUGAAUGCUGGGACGGCAUCGAGCAGCGAGGAGAUUGCUCGACGGGAUCCUGAGAGGUGGGCAGCUGCUACGUUUGUUGCAGGCAGAUUCGCUGCGAAAGAAGCCGCCAUCAAGGCUCACUCCCACCGUCGCCUCACUUUUCACGACGUCGUCAUUGAGCGCCGUGGCAGAAACGAGGAGCGUCUAGGGAGCGGACCGCCGGUGGCGCGGAUCAAGGGCGAUGAUGGAGAAGAAGAGGACGCGAGUGCUAUGAUAUCGAUUAGCCAUGAUGGCGACUAUGCGACGGCAAUCUGCAUGGCCCAUGAUCCGAGUGUGGUGUUAAAAGGGGAUCUACGGAGUUGA